GGACACGUGUGACAAUCGCCUGACCUGCUCCACCAGCUCUGCCUCCAGCCUGGACACCAGUGCCCAGUUCCAGGAGAACAACGGGCAGACGCCGAGCACCAGGUGGGACGAACAGCAGAAGGUCUUUGCCCUCGAGCAGGUCUGUGGCGUCUUCAGAGUGGACCUGGGACAAAUGAGGUCCCUUCGCCUCUUCUUUAGCGAUGAGGCAUGCACCUGCGGACAGCUGGUGGUUGCGAGCAGGGAGAGCCAGUACAAGAUCUUCCAUUUCCACCACGGCGGCCUGGAUAAACUCUCCGAGGUGUUUCAGCAAUGGAAGUACUGCACGGAGACCCACCUCAAGGACCAGCAGCUUACCGACGAGAAAACCUGUAUGCAGUUCUCCAUCCGCCGUCCCAAGCUGCCCUCCUCGGAAACGCACCCGGAGGAGAACGCGUACCGGCGGCUGGACGGGGGCGCGGGGCGGGGGGCGCCCAUUUUUUUAGGGGAGGAGGAGUACAAGCUGCAGAAGGCCAUUUUCUUUGGCGGGAUCGACGUGGCCAUCCGCGGGGAGGUGUGGCCCUUCCUCCUGCGCUACUACAGCUACGGGUCCACCUCCGCGGAGAGGGAGGCGCUGAGGCUGCAGAAGAGGAAGGAGUACUUCGAGAUCCAGGAGAAAAGGCUGUCGAUGAGUCCAGAUGAAGAGAAGGAUUUUUGGCGUAAAGUACAAUUCACGGUGGAUAAGGACGUUGUGAGGACUGACCGCAGCAACCAGUUCUUUCGAGGGGAGAACAACCCAAAUGUGGAAACUAUGAGGAGGAUCUUGCUGAACUAUGCAGUAUUUAACCCAACUAUUGGAUACUCCCAGGGGAUGUCCGACCUGGUGGCCCCGCUCCUGGCAGAGGUCCUGGAUGAGUCAGAUACGUUCUGGUGCUUUGUAGGAUUGAUGCAGAACACAAUCUUCAUCAGCUCACCCCGGGAUGAGGACAUGGAGAAGCAGCUGAUGUACCUGCGGGAGCUGCUGCGGCUCAUGCACCCCCGCUUCUACCAGCACCUUUCUUCCCUGGGAGAAGACGGGCUACAGAUGCUGUUCUGCCACCGCUGGAUCCUCCUCUGUUUUAAACGGGAAUUUCCGGAUGCCGAGGCUUUGCGCAUGUGGGAGGCGUGCUGGGCUCACUACCAGACGGACUAUUUCCACCUCUUCAUCUGCGUGGCCAUCGUGGUGAUUUACGGGGACGAUGUCAUUGAACAGCAGCUGGCCACCGACCAGAUGCUGCUGCAUUUCGGCAACCUGGCUAUGCACAUGAACGGAGAGCUCGUCCUCAGGAAGGCGCGGAGCCUGCUCUACCAGUUCCACCUCCUGCCCCGCAUCCCCUGCAGCCUGCACGACCUGUGCAAGCUGUGCGGGACCGGCAUGUGGGACAGCGGCUUCAUCCCGGCCGUGGAGUGCUCUGGCCAUCACCCCGCGUGCGAGAGCUGCCCGUACGGGGGGCUGGCGGAAACCUCUGCGAAACCAGGAAGCGAAGGCAAGAGAGGGCUGAAAACACGGGACGUCUUUGCUUUCCGAAAAUAGCUGGAGAGGAACAGGGUGCGACAGCGGAAGAGGGAAGGGCAGGAAGGAUGUGCACAGGGAAGAAUGGUGAAGGCAGAAAUGGAGGG